GUACCAGCACCCCGCCCAGAGCGGUGCCGCUGCCCAAAUCCUCACAGGCAGGCAGCUCAUCAAGGCACUCGCCCCUCCUGGUAGAGGCCCGACCCGCGCGUCCCGGUGUCUGGUGUCUGUGUGUCCGUCUGCGGGACGGUCUGCGCUGGUGGCACCUCUCCCCACCCCCCGCCCCCCGCCCCGAGCGCCCCCCCCCCAGCCCCCCACACACCGGGAGCCCCACCCUGCAGGAGCGCAGCUCGCCUGCACAGCCCCGGAGCUCAGCAUGCGUCCUGCAGCCAUCAGGAACUUCUUGCUGCUGGCCUCCUCCCUUCUCUUCGCGGGGCUGUCAGCUGUUCCUCAGAGCUUCUCGCCAUCUCUGAGAAUUGGGCCGGGUGCCGCGUGCAGGCUGUCCCGGGCCGAAUCGGAGCGCCGGUGCCGCGCGCCCGGGCAGCCCCCAGGGGGCGCUCUGUGCCAUGGCCGCGGCCGGUGCGACUGCGGGGUCUGCAUCUGUCACGUGAGCGAGCCCGGCGUGUUCUUCGGGCCCCUGUGCGAGUGCCACGAGUGGGUGUGCGAGACGUACGACGGGAGCACUUGCGCAGGCCAUGGUAAGUGUGACUGUGGCAAGUGCAAAUGUGACGAAGGAUGGUUUGGGGAUGCCUGCCAAUACCCAGCUCACUGUGACCUGACAAAGAAAAAGAGUAACCAAAUGUGCAAGAAUUCUCAAGAUGUCAUCUGCUCUAAUGCAGGUACAUGUCACUGUGGCAGGUGUAAGUGUGAUAAUCCAGAUGGAAAUGGCCUUGUUUAUGGUAAAUUUUGUGAGUGUGAUGAUAGAGAAUGCAUAGAUGAUGAAACGGAAGAAAUAUGUGGAGGCCAUGGAAAGUGUUACUGUGGAAACUGUUACUGCGAGGCUGGUUGGCAUGGCGAUAAAUGUGAAUUCCAGUGUGAUAUCACCCCCUGGGAGAGCAAGCGAAGAUGCACAUCUCCAGAUGGCCAAAUCUGCAGUAACAGAGGGACUUGUGUGUGUGGUGAAUGUUCUUGCCACGAUGUUGACCCAACUGGAGACUGGGGAGAUAUUCACGGGGACACCUGUGAGUGUGACGAAAGGGACUGUAGGGCCGUCUAUGACAGAUACUCUGAUGACUUCUGUUCAGGUCACGGACAGUGUAAUUGUGGAAGAUGUGACUGCAAAGUAGGCUGGUAUGGGAAAAAGUGUGAGCACCCACGUUCCUGCCCACUGUCAGCAGAGGAGAGCAUCAGAAGGUGCCAAGGAAGCUCGGAUCUACCUUGCUCUGGAAGGGAAAAAGAAACUGGAAAUUUGAAUAGUUUGCCAUCUUACAUAGUAAGUGCCAGAGUUGCAAGUUUUUAUACAAACUUUUAUUACAAGUCGUCCAACUCCAGAACUGUUGUUUUAGAUCGUGUAUUCGUUCUUUUAACAUGCCAAUUGGUUGAGCAAUAUGUAAUGACUACAUUUCCUUGUUGAAAACAUUUUUAUGCAAAAUCGUUGAUGUUGCUUCAUCGUAUUCCCUAGCAUCGUUGUAGUAUAGUAUCUAUAGCAUAGUAUAAGAUAGGAUAGUAUAUAGUAGUAAUAUAGUAUAGCAUUUAUACUAUAGAUUCCCUAAUAUAGUUUAGUGUAGUAUCUGUAGUAUAGUAUCUACAGUAUAGAUAUCCUAGUAUAGUUGUAUAAUAUCUAUAAUAUAGUAUCGUAUAGUAUAAUCAAUUCCCUAGUAUAGUUGCAGUAUAGUAGCUAUAGCAUAUUAUACUAUGGUAUCUACAGUAUAGUAUAGUAUCGUAUGCUAUCUAUAGAUUCCCUAGCAUAGUACAAGUAUAGUAUCUACAGCAUAGUAAAAUAUAAUAUAGUAUAGUAUAGAUUCCUUAGUAUAGUUGUAGUAUAGUACCUAUAGCAUAGUAUGGUAUAGAAUAGUAUAGCAGUACAAUAUAGUAUAGUGCAGUCUUUAUAGGAUAGAUUACCUAGUAUAGUUCCCUAGUAUAGUUGUAGUAUAGUAUCUAUGGCAUAGUAAGGUAUGGUCUGGUAUGGUAUGGUCUGGUAUGGUAUGGUAUGGUAUAGUAUCUAUAGUAUAGAUUGCCUAGUAUAGUUGUAGCAAACAAAUCUAAUCAUUCCUCCUCUGUUAGAUAAUCUAAAUCAUCUCUUACUUUGUUCAAGUUCUAAAUGCUGUAAUUUACAUUCUUGUAGCAGAAAAUUUGCACAAUUUUUUCUUAGAUGUAGAAUGUACAUCUAAAUGUAUACCAAUAUAAUAAAUAUUUUCAAUAAAAAAAAUUACCCAAACAAAUCAUUUUCUCUAGAAAAAGUGGACUAGUAUACCCUCCUACCAGGAACAUAGCAAAGGUUCCUUCACUCACCAAUGGUGACAACUGCAAUACUAAGCUGUUCUUGAUACAUUUUGCUCUUAGUUUUAUGAGCUCACCAUUUAUCAAACUCCUUUCAUUGACUUCUGUAAUCAUCAAACAAAUGAUGUAUCUACAGACAUUAUUAUUCAGAAGCUUGUGUUUGCUGUAUUUGCCUUUUUGGAUCAUCAUUUGUCCUUGUGUCUAAGUCAUCUUUUUGUUUGGUCUGUUCUCACAUGUUUUUACUUGUCCUCUCUGCCCUUUGGUUUUCUUUCAUCAGACUUGUUUUAAGAGGUUUUGCGUAUGUUUUAGUCCUUAAACACACAUAAGCAUUUACUCCCACAAGGGAAGGUGGGAAGUGGAGGAAGAAUGAUAAAUUAAAGCUAAUUAUUUAAUAUUGUAGCUUUUAGAAAAUAGAAACUAUGUCUUCAUUUUUAUCAAUUAGUACAUUUUAAUUAAUGAAUUAAGCAAGUUGGUUCAAUUCCCUUAGCUAGAAACAUACUUUCAAAGAAUAAUAGCAUGCCAAAUUCCCACCAUCUGGAGAUUUUUCAAUUUGAGAGAUAAUUUAUCUCUUUUACUGGCAAAAGACAUCUUUAAAUUUUCAUUUUAUUUUAUCAGAGAAGUUUCCCUUUAGGCAUGUAUUUUUUUUAACCUAUGUGAUUUUUACUCUGAUUUUUUGACAACUGAAGCAUAAUUUUUCUCAUUCAUGUGCGCAGAGAUGUUUUUUGGAACAGACAAGGAAAGUCCUCCAACGAACAUAGUAUUUUAAAGACUUUGUUUGGGAGGGUGGAUCUUUGUAUAUUUUUACUAAAUUAUUUUGUAGCUUUAUUGAAGUAUAAAUGAUAAACCAAAAGAUAGCACAUAUUUAAUGUAAACAAUUUAUUGAGUUUGGACGUAUGUAUACACCCAUGAUGUCAUCACCACAAUCAAGGUCAUAAAUAUAUCUAUGCCUCCAAAUACAGUAAAACCUUGGUUUGUGAGUGUAAUUCGUUCUGGAAACAUGCUUUUAAUCCAAAACACUCAUUUAUCAAAGUGAAUUCCAAGAACUAUUGGCUCAGUUGUGAUCAUGUGAUGUUGGGCAUCACAUACUACUGGUAUUUGCAAGUCAUCGCUCGUUGGUCAAGUUAAAAUUUAUGAGAAAUGUUUGCUCAUCUUGUGGAAUACUCACAGAUUAAAUUGCUCACAAUCCAA